AUGGCGGGUGAUGACGAGGCGCGCGGGAAUCUGGUGCCGCCAGGAUAUAGCAAGCUCAAGAAGAUGAAGCCGGCCUUGGAUGCGAGCAUCGCCGAGGGCAAGGAGGUAUGGCUCGUGCAGUUGCCCCCCGGCUGCUCCGUCAACGACCUCCGGGGCGCGCAGGUGGCGCUCAGGGACGAGCAGGGCGGCGCGGCGGAGCCCGCGGAGUGGGCGCUGUCGAAGGAGCACCCCGCGCUGGCGCGUCACCUCGCAGCCGCGCUACCGCACAAGCGCGGCGUGAAGGUCCUGCCGGUCGCGCAGCGCGUCACCGUCAUGCACGGGGCGGUGGCGACCCUCGCGGAGGAAGCGCGCGCGGGGAACGGCGCCGGUGCGCCCGUGCAGUCCCCAUCGAAGGAGAAGAAGGCCAAGAAGGAGAAGCGGAAAUCGUCCGGCGACGCGAAGGAGGAGAAGAAGAGCAAGAAGAAGAAGAAGGACAAAGGCAGCUGA